CACACAAUCUCUUCAAACCUUCAGAUUUAUAAAGCCGCAUUCUCUUACCAAAAACAAUAACCUCUCAUUUUCUUCUUCUUCUUCUUCUGUAUCUUCUUUCUGUUCAAUCAACCAUACCAUUUUGUUUCAUUCAAUGACAGAAAUUGAAAUUCCUCAAUAUUAUGUAUGUCCAAUUUCGUUUCAGCUCAUGAAGGAUCCUGUGACAGCCGUUACCGGCAUAACAUACGACAGAGAAAGCAUCGAGCAAUGGUUGCAGAAAGCCAGAGAUUGCGUGUGCCCAGUUACCAAACAACCACUUCCUAGAAGCUCACAAUAUUUGACUCCAAAUCACACGCUAAGAAGGUUGAUUCAAGCAUGGUGUUCAUCAAAUUCAACCAACGGUGUAGAUCAAAUUCCAACCCCAAAAACUCCUAUUGAGAAGUCCCACAUUGAGAAACUUGUGAAGGAUCUUGAGGUCCCUCGGUUAUAUAAAGCAGCACUAGAGAAAUUGCGUGAGUUUGCUACAGAAAGUGAGAGAAACAGAACAAGCAUGGCUGAAACAGGAGUAGUGAAAGGUGUGGUGAAGUUGAUAAACAAGAAUUUCAAGGAAGGAAGGAGAACAAUUUUCCUAGAAGAAGCUUUGAGAAUUGUUCAUCUUCUAUGGAAUGUUCCAACCAUGUCUUACAGCAUGAAGAAUUUGGUUGGAACAAACAUGGACUUCAUCAAUUCCUUGACUUGGAUUGUGCUGCUUCACAUGGAGAAAAACGUGAAGAUGGUCAACGAAGCAAUGCCCCUUUUGAAAUUGACAAUUGAAGUCGCAAAUUCAACUCUGGUAGCGAAUUUAGACUCUGGAUUCUUCACAGGAAUGGUGAAUGUGUUGAGAAAAAGAGCACUCUCUCAACAAGCUAUCAAAUCAGCUUUACACAUCCUCGUCCAAACGUGCCCUUUGGGUAGAAACAGAACAAGGAUCGUGGAAGCAGGGGCAGUGACAGAGCUCAUUGAGCUCGAGCUUGAAAAGCCAGAGAAGAACAUCUCAGAGCUCAUAUUCAACCUUCUUGCACAUCUAUGUUCUUGUGCUGAUGGAAGGGAACAUUUUCUUCGCCACGCGGCGGGCAUCGCGGUGGUUUCGAAGAGGAUUCUGAGGGUUUCUCCUGGAACUGAUGACAGAGCAGUACAUAUACUUGGAAUCAUUGCGAGAUACUCGCAAUCCAAAGAGUUUGUUCAAGAGAUGUUGAGAGUUGGAGCAGUGUCGAAGCUUUGCAUGGUGAUGCAAGCGGAUUGUGCUUCUUAUUUGAAAGAAAAAGCAAGAGAUAUUCUUAGGUUGCACUCGACAGCUUGGAAUAAUUCUCCUUGUAUACAAUUGUAUUUGUUUACUAGGCACCAAAGGUGAUCUCAUACACAUAGGACAAUCAUAACUUUACAAACAUUUUCAAUUUUAUAGUUGAUGAGUUACACAUUAAGAUGUACAAAACAGAAAUAACCACUUGUUAAGUACAAAGGAAACUAAUAUUUUUUGGUGCUUGCUACGAUACCACAAUACUUGUGUGGGUAUGAUAUACGAAAAGGUUGUGGACCAAUCACAUCCUCCGUAUUUAAAAAGAAAAAAAUGAAAAUAUAAAUUAUUUUUGUUGUGGACCAAUCACAUCCUUCAUGUAUGAUACAUUGUGGGUAUCAUAGAAACCACCAUAUUUUUUUCAUCCCAUUUGGUAUUUGUAUUGUUAAA